AUGUUCCUGGUCGGCCGCGCCGACUCUGACACGCUGCAGGCUCAGCUGUCGGCCGAGGCUGCCGCCCACGGCGACGUCCUCCAGGAGGACUUCCCCGACCACUACAACAACCUCACCAUCAAGACGGUCUUCAUGCUCAAGUGGCUGACGCACCGCUGUCCGUCGGUGCCGUUCGUCCUUAAAGCCGACGACGACAUGUGGGAGGAGCCGCUCCCCGACUACAUCUCCGGCACGGCGUACCUGCUGACCGGCUCGGCGGUGGCGCCGCUCUGGUGGCGGGCUCUCGAAACGCCGUUCAUCAACCUGGAGGACGUGUUCCUGAGCGGGCUGCGCGCGCCGGGCUUCGAGAAGACUCGGCCGCUGUGGCAGCACCCGUGCACGUGUCGCCACCACCUGACCGUGCACGGCCUGGCGCCGGCCGUCAUAGAGCGGCUGUACCGCGAGCGCCGGCGGCCCUGCGGCGGCCUUCUCUGGAGCCUCGUCAACCUGGUGAUGAUCUGGGUCACAUGA